AAACACAGCCCACACGGCGUGCAAAACAAUCAGCAAACAGGCCAUUUCCUCUCAAAAAGAGAAGAUGCAGACAGCCCAAUCUGUUCGCCGCGGGCUAUCAGGUCACCCAUGAAAUCACCAAUCCAGUGCCGGGCCUCCUCGCUCGCGCGCGGCAACCCGGGGUCUCUGCGGAGAGCCGAGGCGGGCAAGGAGGAGGGCUCGGCGGGAUCAGGAGACGCCGCCGCCGCCCCCUCAUCAGCCAUCUCCGCUCUGGGGAGGAGGCCGCGGCCACGAGAAUCUAGUGCUUGCAGUUGUUGUUUCGACUGGAAAUGGAAAUUCAGGUUGCUUGCAGGCGUCCCUUCAGAUGCUCGAGGUUUCUCAUACAGCAAGCGGUUCAGGUCAAGUCGGCCAUGGUCGGCAAUCAGCAGCCGCGUGGCAAAUGAUCUGGUGGCGUGGCUCACCGAGAGGAACAGGCGGUCCAAUUUCAUCGAUCUGAAUCCCGACGCAAACCCUGCAAAACCACAGCGGCGUCAAGGUUAUUGUCCGGUCCCUAACCCAGGCUAUCGAUGGUCACCCAGAGUGUAACAAACGGUCCAGCAAAGUCCACUUUAUGACAGGGCGGAUACUGCAAAUUAUCGGUGAAAAGGGGCAUGGAGAGGGUCGUCGAUGUUGAUACCCUAAUCGAUCCGAAGGGUGUGUAUUCAAGGUCGUUGAAGUGUGAUUUACAAAACGGAGUAUGUUCACCCUCCGUUCCUAUAUUCUUGUCGUUGUUUUAGUACAAAUUUGAACUAAAACAACGACAAGAACUUAGAAAUUAACGGAGGGAGUAACUUGCUGGAUCAGACCUUGUGGAUGACACAAUUAUUCUCGUUAUCUUAAAUAAAGAGAAAAAGGUCCAAACUAUCAUGAUACAGAGACACAUUCGAUAUUGGAUGUUUAGGGUAAAUGAUUUUCACCAAAACAGCACUGUUCUAUCCAUAUUUGACCAGAUAUGACCUAUGACAGAAAAUAUACUGGCUUCGUUGAAUAGCAAAGGCUGCACGAUUCCAUUAUUGCUUUCAGUCUGUUCAUGAUAUCCCACAACAAUGAUCAAGGCACAACCUUGAUGAUUGCAUGCAACAGCAUGGUGCUCCAGUAGCCAUAAAGUUUUCCUUAGAAAGGUAUACCUCUUAGAAAUCAAAAGUUAAUGGUAAAAAAAAAGCAUUUUGAAUCUCUCAAAAGCAGUUUGCGUGUGUUCUAGAAAAAAAAAAUAGUAUGCUGAAGGUUCAGUACUUAAGUAACCAUGGCUCUGCAUCACUCAGCUUAAGGUAAAUCCUGAAGGUAAUAGCUUUUUGAGUACACAAUUGUCCAAUAAGUGAGGUAGAUCUUGCGAUUUUGUUUCUAAGGUAUGACUAAAUAAACUGUUUCCCUGAAAUGUUAAGUUCCAGUAACAAAAGUUACAACUGGUGCCAUAUACCGUCGUUUAACCCACAUUGGAAUCCUGGUCGCACACCAGGACUUUCUGGCAUAUCAUUAUCAUCCAAGUAUGCUGUAUAGCCUGUGAGCAUUUACCAAUUUAGCAAGACAGUGAGCGCAUUGGACAUUUCAACACGAUGUGCAUUUACUUGCAGAUUCUCCAUUUCUAGUAUCUGACGCUGCAGAGCAGAUGGCUUUAAUUAUGUGGCACUUUCAGGUUGAAAUGUUGGAUAGCCUAUGAUAUUCACACCACAUAUCCAAGAGCUAAUCUAAGUCCAGCAGUAUGGACUAUGGAGGCUACCCCUGUAAGUUCAUCUAUACCAUUCUAUGAACUGUCUGCUCCUAAAGUUAGCCCUACCGUAUUUGGUAUUCAGUCAAUUUACUAUCCCUUCCUCUUCCAUAUACAAUGCUUUUUACUUAGUUGUCAUUUGUUGCUUGGGUGGCAAUCCCCAUGACACAGUCCAGAAGCUCUGCAUUUAUUUGUGCCCUUAAGAGAUUACUAAAUCAAAUGUCACAUUUACCCUUAUGCGCAUUACUUUGUGCAUCCACUAGUUUAUUUGCAGGAUCAUGAUUGUGGCAUGUGAUGACAAUGGGAGUAUGAGGUACUAUGGUUACCUUGCUGUAACUAAAGAUCCAUGUGCGACGAUUGACUUGUAGAUUUAUGGGCAUUAGAACCAGAAAAACCACCCAUUCCUGUUUAGUUUCUCAAUAUUUUUGCAAUUUGUGAUAAGUUUAAAGUUACACAAUAUGUGACAUGAUCUGCUGUUUUUUUCCCUUUACCUUUCCCUGCCAUUACUGUUGUUAUGGUCCCGGGUACAUAGUUCCAUUUGGACACAUUGAAGUCAUUCAGAUAUGCUAUGAUCUUCUGUUAAUUACUAGGAUGUACUGCAUCAAUUAUUACAGAAAUACACACGUUCGUGCAUUCUUCUAUAGAAUUAUAGCAGUACUGUCGUCUGGCAUUAGUUAUGGCUCUAAUUAGAGCCGUAAAAUAUAGAGUAUAAAUUUCUCUUUUAAACUACAAUUCGCAUCUUAAAUUUAUAUAGAGUAUAACAGAUGCUGCAUCACCAUAACUAUCGCAUAACUUUCCCAUUUAGUUUCUAGCCGCUAACACUGCAGUGAUACAAAGCCUACAGCUUCUUUGAUAUUAUUUACCAUCGCAGCCUAAUUAAUUAAGUUUGCUUGUUGGUACUAUAAUUUUGUGAAAUGUUACCAGAAAUGUGUAUCCUUGUGAUGCAUUUGCCGUCUAGUUAAAUGUAGCAGUAGUGUGCCUUUCUGAUGCUGGUCCCAGGCUUGCCAUAAAUAUGCAAAUUUCCAUUUCAUCUCCAGGCUAAGCAAAGCUAGAAUUCAGCACCGGAGGGUCCUGUUCCAGGCAGCCACAUUUAAAGCCGCUGUGCUCCGUGGUUCUUCAAAGCACUGUCGCACUGAUGAACAAGCUGAUGCGUGGAUCAUCUGUAUUGCCGCGUUGGACUUAUCAUCUGAAAUACCCUGCCUUUUGUUGGAUGCACAAUCAGGAGCUCCACUCUGGCUCUGCCUCCUCAGCUUUUAGCAGGCAAUGUGACCUGAGCCGCGUCUGUGUAUGCUGUGCUGUGUGCCACUGCCAACCCUCUCAGCGGCUCCCUCCAGUUAAAAGGGGACCUCCUGGCACUGGCGGGUGGCGCUGUCAAUGCGGGUGGAUUUGAGCCCGGGCGGUGGUUGCGCGGAUGGACGCCUGCGGAAUUCGGGCGCCGGGGGCCGUGCUGCUGCGGAAAUCUGAGCUGCCGGCGGAGAACGGUUAUGCUAAUAAUGGUCACGACGAUGCGGCGGUGAGGCGCAAGACGGCGCCGGCGACCCCGAGGAGGCACCCGUCGCCGAUUGCUGGUCGAGGGUCGGCCCCGGCGGCGCCUGCUAACCCGAGGAGGCAUCCGUCGCCGAAUGCCGGUAGGUCGUCGGCUGGGUCGCAGGCGAAGAGGUCCGACUCCACCGAGCGGAGGUCCGCGAGCCCGUCGAGGCUGGCUUCCGGUGGCUCGAGGGCGAGCACCCCAUCCAGGAUCUCUGCCCCGUCGUCUCCGUCGUCCGCGCCUUCCAGCCCGUCUUCGUCGUCCUCCAGCUCGUCCACGCCGGUGCGCGAUGCCAUCUCGGACACGCAGAGUGCUCCGAGGAGGUUGUCCGGUGGCGGUGGCCGGGUUCCUGAUGGGCUGUGGCCGUCAAUGCGGAACCUCUCUUCUUCUCUCCAGCUCGAGUCAAGAGCAGGGAGGACCAGCAGUUUUUCCGCAGAUCAGACCAGGACGAGGGAUGCGUCGGUAGCUGACAGGAAGAGGAGUCCGAUGAGAGGGAGGAGUGCCACUGAGCAGCCAGAGAAUCCGCACGCCAAGGUGAUUGACCACCAUCGCUGGCCUGCAAUGAUGGGGGGCAGGGUGUCUGGGAACGCAAUGUCGAGGAGUGUGGAUCUCACUGACAAGAUUAACAGGUCAGCUCUGUCGUCGAUUCGAUCACGUGGCAGCGUUUCACCAAAGGGAGGAUCAAUGUCCUCUGCCUCAAGUGCCCUGUCAAGAAGCAUUGAUCUUGCUGAUAAGAUCGAUCGGUUAGUGUCUUCAUCCGUUUCAUCACGAGGGGAUUCCCCAAGGACAUCAUCUGCUUCAAACGGCACACCUGAUGCAUCAAAAAUCAUAACUGAUGGUAAAGAUGUCAAACCUGCAGCCUUGCCGAUUCCAUUGCAAGGGAUUUCUCCUGUAAGAACAGCUGUAUCAGGUGGCACAAGGGCCCUGUCGAAGAGCAUGGAUCUUACUGAUUCAUCACCUGGUAUUUCACCAAGUGCGUCAGUAUCAAAUGUGUCUAAUGCUACAUCACAAACUGCAAAAUCUUCUGAGAAACUGAUUGGACGAGCCUCUUCCCCAGCCGCAUCACGAGGACGUUCACCUAGAACAGCAGCACCUGGUGGCAUUGGUACUCUAUCAAAAAACACUGAUAUCCCUGAGAAAGAUAAGAGGCCAGCUUCAUCUAGAGGGAAUUCGCCGAGAAGACGACUUGUUUCUGAUGGUGUUAAUGCAAUUGUGAAAAAUAUGGAUUUUGCAGAGAAGGAUAGCAAAACAGUCACCUCGUCAGUUCCAUCUCGAGGGGUUUCCCCAAGAAGAUUUGCUUCUGAUGGGGUUGAUGCUAUUCCAAGAAGCACAGAUUUUUCUGAAAAAGAUAGCAGACCAUCCACAUCAUCUUCACUGCGUGGGGUCUCUCCACGAAAAAGGCUUGCUUCUAAUGGUAUCAAUGGUAUGUCGAAAGGGAUGGACUUUGCUGAUAAAACUAACACGCCAUCAGCCUCUUCAGCUGCAUCACGAGGUAUUUCACCGAGAAAUCAAUUGGUAUCUGAUUGUGUUGGUACUACAUCAAAAGUCAUGGAUUUCGCUGAUAAAGAUAAUAGACCAUCGACCUCAUAUGCUGCAUCACGAGGCAUGUCACCAAGAAGAAGGCUUGCAUCUGAUGGUGCUAACUCUGCUUCAAAUAACAUCAACUUUGCUGAAAAGGAUGCCAGAACUGUGCUCUCUUCAGCUGCAUAUCGAGGGAUCUCAACAGUAAGACGUCUUGCGUCUGAUGGUGCUGAUACUAUAUCAAAGAAUAUGGAUGUUCCUGAGAAAGAUGUCAGACCUACUACUUCAUCUACUUCAAGAGGUCUUUCACCAAGAAGACGACUCCCCUCUGAUGGUGUCAAUGCUAUAUCAAAGAAUAUAAAUCUUCCUGAGAAAGAUGUCGGGCCAGUUACUUCAGCUGCUUCAAGAGGUCUUUCACCAAGAAGACGGCUUGCCUCUGAUGGUGUAUCAAAGAGCAUGGAUCUUUCUGAAAAAGAUACCAGACAUGUCACCUUAUCGGCUGCAUCGCGGGGGGUUUCGCCAAGAAGAAGACUCGUCUCUGAUAGUGUAGAAUCUAUAUCAAAGAGCUCAGAUUUUAUUGAAAAAGAAACCAGAUCUUCCACUUCAUCAGUUGCAUCACGAGGCAUUUCACCGAGAAGACGACUUGCCUCGGACGGUGUCAAUACUUUAUUGAAGAGCACUGAUUUUGCUGGUAAAGACUACAGGCCAUCAACCUCAUCAGCUGCAUCGCGAGGGACUUCACCCAGAAGCAGAGUUGCCUCUAAUUCCAUAGACGCCCUAUCGAGAAGCAUCAAUUUUGCCGACAAAGGUAGCAGACCAUCCACCUCAUCAGGAGCAUCACGUGGGACUCCACGGAGAGGCGGGCUUGCCUCAGAGGGCAUCGUGGAUACUGUUGACAAAGGUAGUGCACAGUUCCAAUCAUCAGCUGGAUCUGGUGAGACUUCAAACAGUAGACUGCAUGGUACCAAUGCUCAAGUAGAAGUCAUCCAAUUUGCCGAGGAAGUUAAUUUGGUAACUCCAGAUGGUUGUAGUGGUGAUGCUUCAGAAAACUUGGAUUCUGAUAAUGUAGGCACAUGUGCAUCAUCCUUGUCCAUUGCAGUGCAAGAUAGACCGCCAAACAGCUCUAUUUCUGAUGGCAGUAAGGAUAUGUUACAGAGUGUGGAUGCAACUCAAAAACAUAACAGAGCCAUGUCGGUAAAGAUUCCAUCUCGAGGAACUUCUCCAAGAAGGCGUCUUGCAUCUGAUGGCAUUGAUACUAUACCCAAAAUCAUGGAUAUCACUGAGAAAGACAAGAGACCCAUAACCAUGUCAGUACCAUCACGCGGAAUGUCACCAAGAAGGACAGUAAGAUCGGAUACUGCUAAUAUAAUGUCAAAAAGCAUGGAUUUUUCUGAGAAAUGUAAUGAGCCAAUAUCUUCAGUAAUUCCAUCACGAUUGGUUUCUACAAGAAGAAUACUAGGACCAGAUGGUGCUAACGCCAUGUCAAGAAGUGUGGAUCUGACUGAUAAAAUGAGACAACCGAUCUCUUCAACAGUACAAUCAUGUAGAGUUUCACCAAGAAAGAUGCCUUCUGCUUAUAAUAGAGUAAAAGGAACUGAACUUUUGUCAAGCGAUGUUGGCCCGGGUUCUGCCGAUGAUGAAAGUCAAGAGGAGAAUGCUGGUUCAAGUCCAAACGCAGCUUCAAAUAAUUCAGAAAAAAAUGCACCUCCAAAGCAGUUGGCAAGAACUUUGUCUUCACCAUCACGUGGUCUAUUACGCCCUUCAUCACCGACCAAGGCUUCAUCAACGUCAUCAUUUGCCUCUAGGAGGUUGCCAAGCCCAUUGAGGAUUAGACCUUCAACACCUGUCUCACCAUGUAGUUCUGGUAGAUCCGAAUCUCCCUCUUCUAUUCUGAGUUACAUCGGUGAUGCAACAAGAGGAAAGAAGAGCCCAAGCCACAUGGAAGAUGCCCAUCAGUUACGCCUCUUAUAUAACAGGAACUUGCAGUGGCGUUUUACGAAUGCUUAUGCAGAUGAAAUGCUAUCAAUCCAGAAGAUGGGUGCUGAGACUAUGCUCUACAGUGUAUGGGAUACUAACUCAAGGAUGGCUGACUCUAUGGUUAUGAAAAGGAGUUAUGUACAAAGGCUAAGGCAAGAGGUCAAAUUGGGAAUAGUAUUGAAAGAGCAAAUGGACUACCUCGACCACUGGGCAGCAUUGCAAACAGAUCAUUCUACUUCUUUGUCUGGUGCAAUUGAAGCUCUUAAAGCAAGUACAUUGCGUCUUCCAGUUACAGGAGGAGCAAAGGCUGAUGUACUUACUGUUAAGAACGCUGUCAGUUCAGCAGUUGACAUUAUGCAAGCAAUGGGCUCAUCUGUUUGCAACUUGCUAUCAAAGCUACAGGCUACACAUUCUCUGGUUACAGAACUUUCAUCUGUUGCUGCUAAAGAAAGCACCACACUUAAUGAAUACAGGGAACUCUUGGCUACAGCUGCAGCACUACAGGUCCAUGAGUCCAGCCUAAGGACACAACUCAUACAACAAACAGAGUGAACAAUUUUAUGUCGUUUAUGUCUAACUAAGAAGAUAGAGGUAACACAACAUUGAUUAGUUUUCUGUAACUGUACCGUCCAUAUGUGUAUCUUCAGUUUCAUUUUACCCACCUCCCCCCAGUCUCUCCUCUUCUUCCUUUUUUUCCUUUUCUUUUAGGUAGUACCUCCCAAAUUUUUUUUUCAUUUCUACCUCCCAUGCCCUUUUCUGUUUGUACAACUUGCAUGGAUGAGAAGUGCAGGAAAUCCAUGACGUGAGCCUGUCAAUGUCAUUGUUUUCUUUUGUAUAGCAGCCCACAAACUGGGGAUGUCUACGUGCCAGAAACCGCAAUCUUGUUGUAAAUUAUAGCGGUUCUCUGCCUUUUGUUGUAAUGCCUUUCACCAUCCUACUUGUAUUGUGGUAACACCGUAGUAGGAGAUUAUCUAUUGCAGGUUCCCAGUCCAACAAGGGGUGGUAACCAUAACCUCUAAUCUAACACUGUAGAGUAGAUGACAGGUUCCUGGCAUACUGACUUCAUUAACCUACACAUUGUAGUCACCAUGUCAAGAGAUGAUGGCGAUGCUUCCUUGAUAUGAAAUUGUUCCAGAUGUGUGAA